GCCGCCAGCUUUGCAACCAGGUGUUAAUGGCACGCAGGUGCAGCCGAAGAGCCACGCGGAUAAAUGGCUUGAAAAGAGCGCGAAGGGCGCAAAGUGCAGACGCUGCACCUUUUUAAUUAUUUUAUCGCGCUGGGCUGGCUUUGCAACUGUGUGGAGAGUUGGUCUUGCUGGGGCUUAUCUCCUGCCUGCGGAGCCCAACCUUAAGUGAGGAGAGUGGCGUUUUAGACUUUGCAGCCAGCUUUUCCAGAGGAUGCCUAAGCCAGCUACAGCCCUUUGGAACUGUAUCCCAGGAGAAAUUCUGGCCCACAUAUUUUCCUUCCUGCCUGUCAAAGACAGAUACGCCGUCUUACAUGUGUGCAAGCACUGGACUGCAGAAGUGUCUUCCAGUUCUGUCUGGGACUUUACAGAAAUCAGUUGUGACACAGAGGAUGUUGGUGGAUGCAUGUUGCAGUGGCUAGAGCCGUUCCUGGGCCUUAUCAAGCACCUGCAGAUCGUGGUUGAUCAGACCCUGGAGCUGAACCGGAGGCAUGCCACUGACAUCUUGGAUAUGCUGGCCUGGUGGAGCUGCAGGUUGCAGGGGCUCCGUAUUGUGUGCCUGGGAACAAGUCCAUACUUCUAUUCUGGCCAAGACAUCCUGCUGAGCAUCCGGAGAAUCUGCCAGAGCAAGAACAGGAUUGAUCUCCGAUAUAUUGACUUCCGGCAAAUGCCUUUCACUCUGGAUAAUGGGAUUGUUCAGAUGAUUGCAUCCAGCAGUCCGAAUCUAUGCACCUUCUUCAUCAAUAAUCGUGCACCUGGGUUAAUCAUCCUCAAGCCAGACACUAUGGUUCAAGUUCUGAGGGCUUGCCCUAAGUUAUUUUCGUUGGGCGUCUAUUAUGCCAGUUUGUCUGAGAAGCUGUUUUGGGAACUCCUGAAGCCAAACAGAGCACCCUUCAAGUUCCUGGACAUCUUCUAUGAAGGCCUGGAUGUCGACAUUCCCAAAGAGCUUUGGUCUAUGGUGAGUGAGAAGCACCCACAGUUCCGUGUGAAGCUGGAGUUUGCUCCCACAGUCCCUACGAAGAAGAUGCCUCUGGUUCUAAAGCCAACUAUACCUGUUGCUGCUUUGCAUUUUAACACUUUUACACACAUGGCCAGUCAGAUUAGACUUGUGGCCAGCACCUACAGCAAGACUCUGGAGGGGCUAGUCCUCUACACUGUCCCAUCAGAUGACCUCAACGCCUCAUUAAUAGAACUGGCGGAGAAGUGUGUGCAUCUGAAAGAGGUCCACUGUUACUGUGUAGUCAGCCAGGCAGUGGUAGAAGCCUUCCUUUUACACUGCACAGGUUUGAAGAAAUACACUCUGCCAACAGCUUUGUUCUUUUGCAAUAGUCCAGCCGCUGUAGUCCGGUGACUCAGCCAAAAUGAGGGUGUAUUCACACUUAUGGUACCUGAAAAUAGUAGUAGCAUUAUUUGGAAUAAGCAAUGUAUAAGUACUGUACUACUCUUUACUUCCCCGCUACGUCUCCUGUCAGUGCAUAACACACUCCCCCGCUCUUCCAGAGCCACAGUACAGGGUAGGGCAGGGGACAGUCACAUGGGCUGCUAAACUUUAAAUCCAAAGUCCGACACGGAGAAUAGAUACAAGCUUGUUACUUGAAAGUGGUGUGAAUAAUGCUUAGCCCCCUGGAUGCUGAUUAUUUUAAAUUUGUAUAUAGCUGCGGGUUUUAAUAUUUUUCCAAUUUUUAUUUAGUUAACAGUAAUUCAGACAUCAUGGUAGUUAUUUACAAUUGGAGUUCACAAAGAUUUGCAUGAGCACCCACAAUUCUGCAUGAACCUGCAGUUUGCUUUUACAGCCCUUCCAAGGAAAUGGUUUCAAACGUUUUGUGAUAAGAAGCCUAUAUUAAAAAAAAAAUCUUGGCUUUA